GAUGGAUUAACGAGGACAAAAGACUUAGCGAGGUAAACACACAUACGUUUGCGCCAAUAAAGAACACAGUGCGUAACACAUGAUAAAAGCAAAAUACUAACGCGACUGCGUUUGCGUUCAAUAAACCCUUUACUUUAAGGGCUCCGUUUCCAAACUUGGAAGGAAACAUAACGAUCCCUAAAAAGAAAAAAAAAUAACCAUUCCUCAGCCUCCACUGAAUAUGAGUGAGAAGCUCGUUUUCAGAAGCGGUGGCGGCGACCGGUACUGCCGUGGAGAGUAUCUGGAGAAGAGACAGGUGUUUCUCAGGAGCUACCAGUUCUCCAGGAAACAGAGCUUCAGGGAGAAGGUUACUAGAUCUGUAAGAAGAGUGAAGAGGUUUGUGUGGUCACAGCUGAGAUCAACGAGGAAGUUGAAACGCGUUUUCUGGUCUCGACUCAGAUCGGCGUUUUUCUACCGCCGCAGACGCUUUUUCCGUCUCCUUCAUUUGCACCAAGACGAGCCUUCUUACAACUGCUUCUAAAAGGUUUUAGAGAGAUUUGGGAAACGCUUGAGUCAGUGUGUUUGUUCCUGUCUUUGAUUAUGUUUUUUUUUUUGCUUUUGGUCAAAUGAAUCAUUGUAUAAUCUCCGUUAAUCAGAUUGAUUAGUAAGCUUAAUUGAAGUUUUAGAUAUUAUCAUUA